AAACGAAUCUUGGCUUAACUCGUUAAGUGUUUCUGACCAAGUUGUGACUGACAGGCGCGGGACCAGCUGUCAAGCUGUAUCAAUGCUCCUCCUUUCGGAGCUCGCCGGUGGAAGAAAAACUUAAAACAGCCCUGCACGUCCCGUGUCUCUCCAGGUCCGGGUAAUGGUACGUUAACUAUAAGAGGAAAACUGGCUUCCUCCUUUGACGAUGUUAAUUCGUUCAUGACGGAACAGCGAAGGAAAUCGCGCUCACUUCAUUAUAUACUGAGUGUUCGGGAGCGUUUAUGAAGCGAAAGCCCCCGAUUCGUCCCCGGGCAAAAGAGGGCGGUUCCGGUUUUGAGUUCUCCAAAGUCUGGGGUAGGGGAGGCGAAAUAUAAGUUGAAACUUUUCUAAAGAAAAAAAAAAAAAAAGUCAGGACGUAACGCGAAUAGGCUGGGAAUGGAGAGUCCGGCCAAGCCGGGCGAUGAAAACUCAAAAGAGCAAGCCGCUACGUUGCUGGGAUCCCGUGGAUCGGAUCGGAGUGCCAGCGCAAAAAGGAAAAAGUCAAACAACUUAAAAAUCAUAAUUGUGGUGCUGCUCUUGCUGUUGCUGAUCGUGGUCCUGGUGGCGGUGUUCGUGCUGAAGCAGCGCUGCUCUCCGGAAGUGAGCAGCUGCAGACGGAGGUGCUCCUCGGACCGGGGGGGCGGAGCCGGGGAGUGUCGCUGUGACCCCGCCUGUGUGAAGGAGGGAACCUGCUGUCUGGACUACCAGGAGGUGUGCGUGGCCCCAACGCUUCACUGGGUCUGCAGCAAGUUCCGCUGCGGGGAGGAGAGGCUCGCCGGGAGUCUGUGCUCCUGCUCGGAUGACUGCCCCGGCGUGGGGGACUGCUGCUCAAACUACGCGAACAUGUGCCAAGGAGACCGACACUGGGUGGAGCAGCCAUGCGAGGACAUGGAGUCUCCACAGUGUCCCGCUGGAUUUUCCAGACCACCCCUGAUCCUGGUGUCUCUGGAUGGUUUCCGCGCUGGUUAUCUAGAGGCCUACAGCGGCCUAUUACCCGUCAUCAGCAAGCUGAAAAAUUGUGGUACCUCCACCCCACACAUGAGACCUGUGUACCCCUCAAAGACUUUCCCCAAUCAUUACACCAUAGUUACGGGCCUCUAUCCAGAGUCUCACGGCAUUGUGGACAACAAGAUGUACGACGUCGAGCACAACGCCUCUUUCAGUCUCAGGUCGGAAGAAAAAUUCAGCGAGAAGUGGUACCAGGGAGAACCGGUGUGGAUCACAGCCAUGCGCCAUAACCUGAGAUCCGGAACCUUCUUCUGGCCCGGCUCUGAUGUAGCAAUCCGCGGGACCUACCCCAACUACUACAGACUCUACGACAGGAGUAUCCCGUUUGAGAAGAGAAUCAUGACAAUAUUAGAGUGGCUGGAUUUACCUGAGGGGACCAGGCCUGAUUUCUACACCCUUUAUCUGGAGGAACCGGAUAGCGCAGGACACCGCUAUGGACCAAUGAGCAGCCAGGUGAUCGAGGCCCUGCAGAGAGUGGACCGGAUCCUGGGACUGCUGCUGGACGGACUCAAACAGAGGAACCUGCACAGGUGUACUAACCUGGUCGUCCUCUCCGAUCACGGCAUGGAGGAGGCCUCCUGCCUGAAGGCCGUGUACGUGUCCUCGCUCCAGGACAACGUCGACGACUUCACCGUCGUCCCGGGCCCGGCCGCCAGGGUUCGGCCCAAGAAACUUCCGGAAGGUUUUUACACAUUCGACUAUGAGUCGUUGGUGAAGAACUUGUCGUGCAAGAACCCGGCCAUGAAGCCGUACAUGAAGAGGAACCUGCCCAAACGUCUCCACUUCGCCAACAACGUCCGGAUCGAGCCCGUGCACCUCUACAUGAAGGCCCAGUGGCAGGCCGCCCUGAAGCCGGGAGAUAUGAAGUACUGUACUGGAGGAUUCCACGGCUCAGAUAAUCAGUUCAGAAACAUGCAGGCGAUAUUCAUGGGCUACGGACCCGGCAUAAACUCCAGGACUGUGGUGCCGCCGUUUGAGAGCAUUGAAGUGUACAACCUCCUGUGUGAUUUAUUGGGGGUCCCCCCGGCCCCUAACAACGGGACCCGGGGGAGGCUGAACCCCGUCCUGAGGAGGCCGCAGCACAGCCCCGUGUACCCCACAGAGCAGUCCCCCCCCACCGCCUGCACCGCCAGCGCCCCCACCCCCACCGACACCCUGGGCUGCAGCUGCCCCUCAGUGCCCAGGGAACAGGAGGAGCUGCUGAACCAGAAGCUGAUUAAUGCGAGUUCUGAUCCCUCCCUGAAGUCUCUCCACCUGCCGUACGGAGCACCGCGGGUUCUGCUGAAGAACGCGCGGUUCUGCGUUCUGCGUCACCGUGACUACCUGAACGGAUACAGCGCCGACCUGCGGCAGCCCCUGUGGGUGGCCUACUCCCUGGACCGCGCCCUGGGUGACGCUGCGCCCCAGUGGCCGGACAGUGGCAACUGUGUCCGCGCGGACGUGCGUAUCCCGGCAACGGCCAAUCAGACCUGCCAUGAGGCCUCCAGGACCAUGGGCUUCCUGCACCCGCCCAAUUUGGGAGCGCAGUCUGACUCUUUACUCACAAGCAACAUGGUGCCAAUGUACCCUUCUUUUAUAGAUGUUUGGGCUCACAUCCAUAAUGUGGUAGUGCAGAAGUACCUCGGAGAGAGGAACGGGGUGAACGUCAUGAGUGGGCCCAUAUUCGAUGUGGACUACGACGGGAACUACGACACCCUAGACACGUCCAGAAUGCGUGAGGCCCCGAUCCCCACACACUUCUUCCUGGUCCUGACCAGCUGCCGAAACUCCUCCUUCCCGCCGCAGGAGUGCCAGGGCCCCCUGGAGGCCGUGUCCUUCAUCCUGCCCCACCAGCCGGACAACACGGAGGCCUGCCCUACUGGUUCAGACCUGCUCUGGGUGGAGCAGUGGAUGCAGUUCCAUGUGGCUCGGGUUCGAGACGUCGAGCUCCUCACUGGCCUCAGCUUCUACCAGAACCAGCUGUCAAUCACAGACACCUUACAGCUCAAGACCUACCUGCACACCUUCUGAUAGGCCCGCUCAACUCAGGAACCGCCCACAGAUGGAGGGAGAGACAAAAAGAAACGUAGGAGAAGAAGGACAGAAACACAUGAGUUCCUCUGGUUGAGAUUCAGCCUCUCUGUUCUGGGUAUUUACAGAGCUGACCAGGACCAUGUCUCCUCUCAAAACCAAAGAACGUCUGCGCCUCUCCUUCCUCUGAAAAGAGCGGCAGAAACCAGGGAAACACACACGCGUUGCCAUGACGAUCACAUUCAUAGUCCAACUGCCCAAGUGAAUUUUUAACGGAUGGGAUCAUUUUCCAGGAAACUGCGCCCAUUUCUAAAAUGUUUGUCACUUCUCUCCGCAAUGUUUGUAAAAACAAAUCUGGUGCUAAUUGGAAACUUGGCUGAAAUCGGAAAACACACGCAACCAAAAUGUUUAGUUAAAAACGUGAGCGAAGAACGAGAGCUCCAUCUCCAUCAAGUCUUUUAUUCCACAAUGGUCACCAUUCUUCGCCUUAAAACCCCACACAGCUCUUCACAGAAAAUAUGGGACAAACACACAGUACCACAAAAAAUGUGUUUUUGUGGCUUUUAUUAUGAUUUUAUUUUGUGGAUAUUGAUAUUAUCUUUGCACAGUGGAUAUUUUUGUAAUUAUUUUACAACUAUUAAAUUGAUUAAACGAAA